AUGUUUUGGAAAUUUGAUCUUCACUCAUCAUCCCACAUAGACACACUUCUAGAAAGAGAAGAUGUAACGCUGAAGGAGUUAAUGGAUGAGGAAGAUGUUUUACAGGAGUGUAAAGCACAGAACCGCAAACUUAUAGAGUUUCUCUUAAAAGCAGAAUGUCUCGAAGAUUUAGUCUCAUUCAUUAUUGAAGAACCACCUCAAGACAUGGAUGAAAAGAUCAGAUACAAGUAUCCAAAUAUAUCUUGUGAGUUGCUCACUUCUGAUGUCUCCCAAAUGAACGAUAGACUGGGAGAAGAUGAAUCCUUGCUAAUGAAAUUGUAUAGCUUCCUCCUAAACGAUUCCCCCUUGAACCCACUACUUGCCAGUUUCUUCAGCAAGGUGCUAAGUAUUCUUAUCAGCAGAAAACCAGAACAGAUUGUGGAUUUCCUGAAGAAGAAACGUGACUUUGUGGACCUUAUCAUGAGGCACAUAGGAACGUCGGCCAUCAUGGACUUGCUGCUCAGGCUCCUGACGUGCAUCGAGCCCCCGCAGCCCAGGCAGGAGGUGCUGAAUUGGUUAAAUGAGGAGAAAAUUAUCCAGAGGCUCGUGGAAAUAGUUCAUCCAUCGCAAGAAGAAGAUCGGCACUCAAACGCAGCACAGUCACUUUGUGAGAUUGUCCGCCUGAGCAGAGACCAGAUGUUACAGGUCCAGAGCAGUGCAGAGCCAGACCCCCUGCUUGCCACUCUAGAGAAGCAAGAAAUUAUAGAGCAGCUUCUAUCAAAUAUUUUCCACACGGAGAAAAAUGAAUCGGCCAUAGUCAGUGCAAUCCAGAUAUUGUUGACUUUACUUGAGACACGGCGACCAACAUUUGAAGGCCAUAUAGAGAUCUGCCCACCAGGCAUGAGUCAUUCAGCUUGUUCAGUCAACAAGAGUGUUCUAGAAGCCAUUCGAGGAAGACUUGGAUCUUUUCACGAACUCCUGCUUGAGCCCCCCAAGAAAAGUGUGAUGAAGACUACGUGGGGCGUGCUGGACCCCCCCGUGGGGAACACCCGGCUGAGUGUGGUUAGGUUGGUAUCCAGCCUCCUCCAGACAAAUACCAGCAGCAUCAACGGGGACCUCAUGGAGCUGAAUAGCAUUGGGGUCAUACUGGACAUGUUCUUCAAAUACACAUGGAACAACUUUUUACAUACACAAGUGGAAAUUUGUAUUGCACUGAUUCUUGCGAGUCCUUUUGAAAACACAGAAAAUAGCACAAUUACUGAUCAAGAUUCCACUGGUGACAACUUGUUAUUAAAACAUCUCUUUCAAAAAUGUCAGUUAAUAGAAAGAAUACUUGAUGCCUGGGAAAUGAAUGAGAAGAAACAGGCUGAGGGAGGUCGACGGCACGGCUACAUGGGCCACCUGACGAGGAUGGCCAACUGCGUCGUGCACAGCGCAGAGAAGGGCCCCAACGGCGCCGCAGUGCAGCAGCUCAUCAAAGAUCUUCCAGACGAAGUCAGGGAGCGAUGGGAGACGUUCUGCACGAGCUCCUUAGGAGAAACUAACAAGAGGAACACGGUAGAUCUAGUUACAACCUGCCAUAUUCAUUCAUCCAGUGAUGAUGAAAUUGACUUUAAAGAAACGGGUUUCUCACAGGAUUCUUCUUUGCAGCAAGCCUUUUCUGAUUAUCAGAUGCAACAAAUGACGUCCAAUUUUAUUGACCAGUUUGGCUUCAACGAUGAGAAGUUUGCAGAUCAAGAUGACAUCGGCAAUGUUUCUUUUGAUCGGGUGUCAGACAUCAACUUUACUCUCAAUACAAAUGAAAGUGGAAAUAUUGCCUUGUUUGAAGCAUGUUGUAAGGAAAGAAUACAACAGUUUGAUGAUGGUGGCUCUGAUGAGGAAGAUAUUUGGGAGGAAAAGCAUAUUGCAUUUACACCAGAAUCCCAAAGACGAUCAAGCUCGGGGAGUACAGACAGUGAGGAAAGCACAGACUCUGAGGAAGAAGAUGGAGCAAAACAAGACUUGUUUGAGUCCAGUGGUGCCAACGCGGAGGACAAAAUGGAGGUAGACUUGAACGAACCACCCAACUGGUCAGCCAACUUUGAUGUCCCCAUGGAGACGACGCAUGGUUCUCCCUUAGACUCCGUGGGGUCUGACGUCUGGAGCACGGAGGAGCCUAUGCCGACGAAGGAGACAGGCUGGGCUUCUUUCUCAGAGUUCACGUCUUCCCUGAGUACGAAAGACUCUUUACGGAGUAACUCCCCAGUGGAGAUGGAAACCAGCGCCGAGCCGAUGGACCCACUGACGCCCAGCGUGGCUGCGCUGGCUGUGCAGCCGGAAGCGCCGGGCAGUGUGGCCAUGGAAGCCAGCUCCGAUGGCGAGGAGGAUGCGGAAAGUACAGACAAGGUAACUGAGACAGUGAUGAAUGGCGGCAUGAAGGAAACUCUCAGCCUCACGGUAGAUGCCAAGACAGAAACUGCGGUCUUCAAAAGAGUGUUGAGAUCCUACCGUGAGGAAGGAAAACUGUCUACCUCUCAAGAUGCUGCUUGUAAAGACGUGGAGGAGAGCCCUGAGACGGCGGAGGGCAAGUCUGUGGCCACCCGGCCCCCCAGCAGCAGCCCAGAGCAGAGGACCGAGCCGCCGAGCGUGCCGGGCGAUGCGGCGGUCAACGGCCCCGUAUGA